GAGAAAGAGAGAGAGAGAGAGAGAGACAUGAAAAAAGAGAUAGAAAGGGUGUAAUACACACAUACAGAGGAAGUUGUAUUGGAAAGUUUAAUAGCUCUACAGAAGAAUUGUUUUUAACAGGAACAACUAGCUACAGCAAUGAGACAUUUUUUUCCAUGACUGGUGAGUUUUUUUGAAAAAGGGGUGUGACCGACUGGAAGGCCAUGGAGACUGGAGAGAGAAAAACACAGAAAAUGAAGUGCUAAGACAAAUUUUCUGUGGGCUACCAGGAACUGUAGCAGCUGGGAGAAGAGCUUUCUGUGAUUAUUCUGUACCAUAGAAUUUCUGACAUUGCUUUGGAAAGGUUCAGGUUCCUCUUUAUUACGAUUCAUAAUGUGUGUGGGAAGGAAUACUUCAUGCUUGUGCAAGUAGAAUACUGUGCCAGGGCAAUAACAGGCUGACAGCGUCAGCGAACAAACCAGAAAUACAACAGCUGAGGUGUGCAGUGAAGUAAAAGGGUUGCCAAUUUGGAGGGAUAUUACUGAACUGGACUUGAGCAUACAGAACUAGCCAACACUGGGGGCUGUAGGGUCGAAGGAGGAGGAGGAGGAGGGACUCCAUCUUCCUCUCCCUCCCUCAAAUAUGUCGUCAACCGAACUUUAGGAUACUCUCACUGAUCUGUGUAACGUAAGAAAGAAAAAUAGCCCCCCUUCCCCAGUCAUACCAUUCUUCAGGAACCAUAGGAAUACUGACUUCCCCCACCACUACAAAUGUCACGAGAGACUCUGGAGUUAGACCACUGACUCGACCAGAAAGAACAGACGCUAUACAUAUAGAAAUCAAGUGAAAGCCUUCAUGAUGUCCAUUGGGUUGAUAAUAGAUUCUAAAGUUACUGGAUGGAUAAAAGGGAGCCGUGAUCCUGCAUGUUCUCAAAAUCUGUUUUGAAAUAAGAGAUUUAUGUGCACAAAUGAGCAAGAAUUUGUAUUAUCUGCAAGUCCAGCCUUUCUCAGCUGAACAGGUUUAGUUCAAAGGUGCCUUUACAGCUUCAAAGACCAUGGCAAAUUCUGCACCAUAACAAUAAGAAGACUUAACCUGAUAACUGGGUCUCUUCAUCAAAGUAACAGCAGUUAUGGCAUCGGAGCUGGAAAGCAGCCUGACUUCCAUUGACUGGUUAUCAGACCUCACAUUCCGUGCCACAAUGCAGAAGUCUGCUUCAUCACACCCAACGUUAAAUGGGCCCAGGAAGGGCCCUGGUUCACCGACGGACCCGAAUGCUACUCUGAACCAGGAUGAGGUCGCGGCACAUAGAGAUGGGAAGCCACCCUACAGCUACGCAAACCUCAUCACAUAUGCCAUCAACUCAUCGUCCACAAAGAGGAUGACACUUAGUGAGAUCUACCAGUGGAUUUGCGACAACUUUCCUUACUACAGGAGUGCGGGAAUUGGAUGGAAGAAUUCCAUACGUCAUAAUCUGUCAUUGAAUAAAUGCUUUCGAAAAGUACCGAGGCCUCGAGAUGAUCCAGGAAAGGGUUCCUACUGGACAAUAGACACCUGCCCAAAGGAAGACCCACCCCUGCCUCGUGGAAAGAAAAGGCCUUAUCCAGAUGAUGAGCAUUCUCGUGACUCCCUGGAACAGGACAUUAGCCCAAGUCCAUGCAGCAUCGCAAGUGUUGAUACAGUGAGCCAAUCAGAUGUGGGGCAGUCGUCACACAGUCUCCAUACUGCCAGUCCACUGCAUAAUACUAAUCUUCAUGGUGCCAGCCCACUGCACACUGCAGGCAGCCUGCGGGGUACCAGCCCUUUGCACAACCCUGUUGGACUUCACUGUGCCAGUCCGCUACAUAGUACUGGUGGUCUCCAUAACUGUAGUCCACUGCAAAAUGCUAGCAGUCUUCAUGGUACCAGCUCACUUCAGAAUACCAGCUCUCUUCCCAGCUACAGUCAGCAGGCAUCCAUGGGUACGGAAACGUCCAGCUCCCGCAGUGCUGCAGAUGCACAGCCGUCUCCCUUUGGUGCCACAGAUAACUACAAGUUCUCCUUCACAGACCUCAGCUUCCAGGACCUGAGCAGCUCAUUCCGCAGCCUGUACAAGUCAAUGCUGGAACGGUCAUGCUCACAACACACGCUCAUGAACAUGACAGGUGAUGGGGUGCAGCAGUCACUGAGAAGUUCCUGCAUGUACCAGCAGGCUCCGCACACUCCUUUGCACACCCCAACUCCCAUGGGGUGCCAGGGCAAACAACAGGCAGAGAAUUACGGCAAUGGUAUUCCCCACCAUACGGUGCAGCACAGUUAUCAUCAGCCAGCUCCACACCCACCAAUGACAGCUGCUGGCAUGGGUAUGACAAGUGACCGGUUGUCCAGCAUUGACUCACUGAAAGAAAGUUUUCGGAUCGUUAACAAUUUAGACUGGUCCAAUAUCGACUUGAGCCAGUUCCCAGACUUAAUGGAAAGUUUACGACAGGCUGAGAUGAAAAACUGGAGCAUUGACCAGAACCACAUUGCCAGUCUUUGUGACUCACUUAACCGCUUUUUGAACCAGACUGGGCUCGUGCACUCUCCAAAUGCCAUGCAUGGUUCUGGAAGCCACUGCCCUAUGACUGCCGGAAAACAGGAUUCACCAAUAAGUUCAGUGAAUUCCUUUGCACAACCUCAGGCCCCGCCUCCUUCUUGUGUAUCGUCACCCUUGACAGGUGUAUCUGGCUUCCCUCUGCAACCGCAAGUGCCUCCGCUCUGCAAUCCUCCAGGUCACCACUUAAACCAUGGUGAAUCCCCACAGGCACCUCCCCCAAGACCUCCAUUUGCACCACGCCGUCCUACCAUGCGGUACCCAAGCAAUAGUGAGGACAUUAACGAUGACUUUGAUUGGGACUCCAUUGCUUAGAAGGAGAAAAUGUGAUGAUUUACAAAAACUGAAAAACUCUACAAUGCCACUGUACAAACACCCUCCUUUUUUCUUUUCACUGAAGCUGUCUCCAGCAAUUUUGUUUUUCAGAAGUAACCUGUGUAUGACAUUCUGGUUUGUAACUCUACUGGUUACCUUCAAGCUCUGAGGAUUUCUUUCUGAAUUUCAUGUACCCUGAAAUGACUUCCAUGCUAGAGAUGGAUGACAGAGGAAAGUCUGAGGAUAUAGUCCACUUGUAUUGCUGCAUAAAGACAACAGCUCUCAUUUGUAACUUUUUCAUGUUCCUUCUGUGAUUCAGUAAAGCACAAACGCAUUUUCCAGACUGCACAGUUUUGGCUCUGUGCCUAGUGGCAAAGAAUGAAAGAAAGUAAUUUCAGAAUUCUGAAAUGCUUUGUCUAUUUUUUGUGGAAAGAAUUCAAGUCAGAAUUUCGAUAAGUGUUUGACUGUGUUCACAGUGUAGAAAACACACAUUAAAAAGAUGAGCUUUGCAAUUUAAGGACACUGGAGGCAGGUAUUUCUGACAGAGUAUUACCCCCUCCUCAUUUUAUCUUGCACAGGUUGUACAGUUUUGAUAUACCUGCUCUCACAUUGGCACUGGCCCUUCUGGUGAUAUGAGCGAUAUGGGAGGAAGAAAUUAUGUUGUACUUGUGUUAAAAGCAAGAACAGAUUUUACAGAAAAGCAAACCUGCAAUGCCUUCUCCCUCCCAGUGGAACACAAACCAUAAGCACAUUGCUGUUUUCACCACUGACAAUCAGCAAAGGGAAGAGAUAUAAAACAAGAGUGAUAUUUUUUUUAAGGACAUAGUUUAAUAUUCUCAGAAAUUCUGCUCUGCGCCUUGUUUGAACAUUAUUUUAUUAUUGUUAUUGUUGUUAUUGCCUUUAUCCAUUUUUCCUGCAUGAAGCCACUGAUGUCUGCAUUUUAGGGAACUGAACUCCUUUGAUGUAUCACUCUGCAGUGCUGAAAGGAAGCAUUUCACUUGUUAUUGUAACUUUCAAUGUGUAUUAAAUCUGCUUCUAGAGUG